AUGACAAAAUUAGUUACAGUUUUUGGAGCAACAGGUCAACAAGGUAGUUCAGUUGUUAGGGAAUUAUUAAAAAAUGGUAAUUUUAAAGUUCGUGCAUUAACAAGAGAUCCAAGUAGUGAAGCAUCAAAAUCAUUAAAAGAGUUGGGAGCUGAAGUUGUAAAAUCAAAUGAUACCGAUUCAAAAGAAGCUAUUCAAGAAGUUUUAAAAGGUAGUGAUGCUGUAUUUGCUUUAACAAUUGCUUUUGCACAAAAUGAAACCGAUGUUGGUAAAAAGAUAGCUGAUGCUGCAUUCGGUGCUGGUGUUAAACACUUUGUAUUCAGUGGUCUUCCUCCAUGUAAUAAGAUUUCAAAUGGUCGUAUCAUCGUACCACAUUUUGACCAAAAAUAUUUAGUUGAAGAAUAUGUUAGAGAAUUAUCUGAAUCCAAUCCAUCAUUUAUCAGUUCAUUCGUUUAUGCACCAUUUUAUUAUCAAAAUUUUAAAUCAUUCGUACCAAAAAAGAAUGAAAAUGGUGAUGGUGGUUAUACAAUCUCUUUACCAUCAAAUGGCAAACCAAUGGAUAUGGGUGAUGUUGAUAAUAUCGGUGCAAUAGUAUGUGAAAUCCUAUUAAAUGAAAAUAAAUAUUCUGGUGUUGUUGUACCAUUCUCUGGUGGAGCUCUUUCUGGUCCUGAAAUUGCCAAUAUCUUCUCCAAAGUAUCUGGUAAAUCUGUUACAUUCAAAUUUAUACCACCUUCAAUAUUCCGUACAUUUGGAUUCCCAAAUGCUAAUGAUUUAGCUUCAAUGUUUGAAUUUUACAAUGAAUUUGGUGUAUUCAAUGAUUUAGAUCAAUCAAUUGCUUCAAAAAUUACAAAAUUCACAACAUUUGGAGAAUAUUUAAAAAAUUCAAAUUUUAAAUUAGAUUAA